CUGCGAAAAAGUUUUAUUUCUCCUGUAAUUUUUCAAAUACCUUUCAGAUACCAUUGCGAGACGGCUCGAAAUAUUGGACGAGGUUGGUUACCUUCACCACCGGCUCUGGAAGUGCCGGAGAUUCCGUACAGGAAUCCGGUGAGCGUGGUCGAGGAAGACGAUGACGACGAGGAUAAUCGCAGAAGAAGCUUAUUAGCAUACUUGGGAAGAUGUAAGGAGAUCCCAUUUACUUUUUGCUGUAUUUCUUAA